AUGCCUCCAAAGCGAAAGAGGGCGGUUUCUGGGAAGAAGGAGAGCCAUGUAACUAAUGCGCCGCAGGGACGGCAUCGGGCGAGGGCGGGGCCCGGCGGCGACUCGGAGAAGCAACCCGCGGCGCGGCGCCGAAGGCUGGAGGAGGCGCCGCAGCCGGAGGAGGAGGAGGAAAGGGCCAGGCUGCCGUUGCCGGAGGGCUUCUACGACUCCGUGUUCAACGCGAGGUGGAGCCACGUCUUGGGGUUUCCCGAGGCCAAUAAGUACGAUGAGGAGGUGGUGCGGAUGGAGGUGAAGGAGGGACAAGCGCCAACGAAGUCGUGGAAGUACAAGUCUCGGGGCUUGAGUUUUGAACUGGAUGGCGCCGUGAAGCAAUUCCGCCCGCCGCGCCCCAGGAUGAUGGUGCUCUCCUCCGAGAAGGGCUGGCCGUACUCGCUGCGGGAGGGCACAGCCCUUGCCGACUGCUACGUCACCGCCGAGGCGGAGCGGGUGUGGAAGCGCCUCGAUGUCUUUCUGUCCAUGCUGUUCGACCCUUACACGGGAGGAGACUCUGACGUGAAACGAGUUUUGUUGCUUGGGACGCCCGGGAUGGGGCAGUCGAUGACUGUUGGCCCCUACCUCCUCUACCAGCUGUUGCACUACGACGCCGAGCAAUUCCAGGUGGCUGUCUACUGCCUUGGAGGAAAGCUGGCGUACGUGUUUGACAAGACCACGCAAACGGCGACGGAGCACGAGGGUGCGGGCGGUAUUGCCGAUGCUAUUAACGACUUGGCCCGGCGCGGAAAAAAGGGUAUAUUGUCUACGAUGUGUCGGAGGAAGGAGCACCGCGGUCGUCAGGACUACCGUCUGCUGGGUGGGGCAUGA